AUGAUAUUUUGGCUUUUAUUACUAAAUGCAUAAUGCGAACUUUUAGUAAUUCAUUCUAGUUUAUAUGCUAAAACACCCAGUUGUGGAUCAGCAGGUUGCAAUCUAGAUGGCUGGACUUAAUAAGCAUCUCCAAAUUAUUAUACAUGCGUAAAUGAAGGAUUGGCUAUGAAUUAUUUAGAUUCAAUCAACAAAUAAAUGUAUCGUGGUUUAUCCUAUGGGUAUCCUAAAGUGCAAUUUGUUGUGUGGUUUGAUCUCUUUUUUAUGGGAACCUGGAACAAUGAAGCUAUUUAAGUCAAAUAUAAUAAUGUCUUAUUUGCUACUAUAACAUAUACUAAUCCAACCACAUAUCCCUACUCAACAGAAUUUUGUGAUAGUAAAUAAUAUCAAGUGAUAUCCAAAAAAGUCUUAAUUGUAGGUUAGUCUAAUGGAAAUUUAUUAAUAACAAAUAUGUCUGCUAAUGGUAAAGUUGUUAUAAGGAAUUUGAUAUUUGCUGUUGAGAAAUGUCAUUGGAGUUGUAGGACCUGUACGAAUUAAAAUAGUUGUUAAACUUGUUUUACUGGAACUACACUAAAUGCAUUUGGAUUGUGUACUUAAUGUGCAGAGUAUCUAGAUCCAUCAUUAGGUUGUGUUCCUAUUUGUGAUAUCAAUAAAUACCCAAACUCUGAUAAAUUUUGUGUAGAUAUAACAGAAUAGUCAAUUCUUAAUGAUUAAUUUAAAAAUCCUCCACCUAAUGUCUAAUGGAUAAGAUAAUAUGAUCCAUCAGGAUUGACAACCAUAUCAAAGUGUUCUCAGUAUUUUGGUUUACUAACAGGAAAUGAAGGUAUGGAAAAGAAAAUCUCUUAACCUACUUAAUAUAAACAUAAAUUGAGAAUCAAAGUAGUAUUGUAUCUUUAUAAUACUAUACCUUUAAAUUAAGGCAUAUUCUUUACUAUAAAUAAUAAUUACAUAGCAUAAUUGUAUAAUUCAAAUAGUGUUAUCACAAUGCAUAAUGGAUAUAUAUUAAGAAAGACAUCCUAAUCAUGUGCAGGAGUUGGUUCUGGAUAAUUAUAUACAUUGAUUAUAAUCUCUCCUAUUCCUACAGGUGAUUUUAUAAUGCGAAUCUAAGGAAAUAUGUAAAUAACAACUACAGUUUGGGGUGUUACUUAAAUCUAAAUAGUGGCUGGAACUUGUUAAUAAGAAUGUCUUACUUGUACAUCAGACUUUAUCUGCUCUUAAUGCAUAGCUGGUUACUAUAUUUAUUAGGGAUUAUGCACAAAUUCUAUGUAAAGUGAUAGACUUAGUUUGAAUACUACUCAUGUUAUUACUUAUGAUACAGAAUAUCCUUAUUCUACUUAUUUAGUAUCAGAUUUUAUCAAUUAUAAUAUAAGGUAAGAUCCUGAAACAUAUUUCACAUUGAUAUCAUAAAAUUUUUAAAAUUUUCUUACAGGUUUUUAAACAUUUGGUUUAUAUACUAAGAAAAUCUUUGGCGGACCUUAUGUUUGGACAAAUGCUAAAUUUAAUAAUAUUUAUUCAAUUAAUAAUGCUCACUAUGCCAUUUCAAUAAGAAUGAAGAUAAUUUUAGGAGAUUUAUUUGCUUAAUAAUUUAUUAUAGAAUUUGAUACAAAUGGUUAAGAAGUAAUUACAGCAGGUCCAUUAUCAAUUAAUUUAUUUGGUAGAAGUUCAACAGAAUAUUCUAUUGAUAAAUAUUGGUAUAUUUCUCAUUCUACAAAUUCAUUAACAAUCACUAUUGAAUGUCAAGGUAAUGGAGAUUUAUUACAUGAAUAUUGUGGUAUUUCAGAUUAUUACAUAGUAGUACAUUAAUGUUUUCCUUUUUGUUUAGUAUGUACAGAUUCUACUGAAAUUGGAUGCACUUCAUGGGAUGCUAAUUAUUAUACAGCUAAAUUUAGUUAGGUAGAUUGUUUAUCAAAUGAAUACUAUUAUAAUUAUAAUUGCAAUCCUUGUAAUAUCUUAUGUAGUAGCUGUAGAAAUUAUAAUCUUUGUGAUACUUGUAUUAAUAAUUUAGUUUUAAUAAAUGACUUAUGUACAUGUUCAUAAGGCUAUUAUUUUGAUACUGGAGAUUAAUAAUGUCAUCAAUGUGAUCCAUUAUGUUAACAUUGUCUACAAUAUAAUUUUUGUAUAGUUUGUUUAUAAAUAAACAGAAGAUACUCUAAUAAUGGAGUUUGUGAAUGUGAAGAGUCUUUUUAUGAAUAAUUAGGAAAUGAUGUUUGUAUCAAAUGUGAUAAUAGUUGUUUAACUUGUAAUGGACCUCUUUAAACUGAUUGUACUAAUUGUAAUACUAUAAAAAAUUAUGAUUUGAAGAGUGAUGGUUAAUGUCUUUGUAAAAGUCAUUAUUACUUAUCAUAUGGUGAUUGUAUAGGUAUAUAAUAAUAUGUAUCUGUUAUUAGAAUGUCAUUUAUCUUGUAAAGAAUGUUUUGGACCCAACUAAAACAAUUGUUUAGAAUGUGAUUCUACUAAAACUUUAUAUUAAUUAUAAUGUAAAUGCAAUCUUGGAUAUUUUGAUAGUGGUAUUUCAAUAUCUUGUAAUGAUUGUCCUAUUAUUGAAAAUCCAUCAUUUCCUGAAUGUUAUUUUGAUUGCAAUGGUACAAUUUAAUGGUUUAAUAUAAAUUGCACUUAUGCACCUGUAUGUUUAAGUGGUCAGUCAAUAGUUAAUUAUAAAUGUUAAUCUAUAUGUGGUGAUAAUAUAAUAAUGAGUGAUGAAUAAUGUGAAGAUUUAAAUAAUAUAAUGAAUGAUGGAUGCUAUAAUUGUUAAUAUUAAUGUCCAUUAAGUUGUCCUAAUUGUAAUAGUGGUAGUUGUACAGAUAUAUGUGGAGAUGGUUAUGUAACAGGAACAGAAUAAUGUGAUGAUGGUAUAACAACAAUUGGAUGCAAUGGUUGUACAUAUUAAUGUCAAUCUUAAUGUUCAGAUUGUUAAAUGGGAAGAUGUUUUGAAUGUAAUGUAAGUGGAUAUAUGUUGGAUAUCAUAAAUAAUAAAUGUAUAGAACAUUGUGGAGAUGGUGUAAUAAUUGGUAGUGAAGAAUGUGAAGAUUCAAAUUCAAAUCCAAAUGAUGGAUGUGACAAUUGUAAAUUUAAAUGUAGAUCAGAUUGUUUAGAAUGUACAACUAAUGGAAAAGUUUGUAAUACUUGUUUGAAUUCUGGUUAUAAAACAGUAACUGGAUCUUAUAAAUGUAGUACAAUUUGUGGAGAUGGUUUACGUAUAUCUAAUACAUUCGAAACUGAAUAAUGUGAUGAUGGUAAUCUUAUUGGAAAUGAUGGUUGUAGUAGUACUUGUUAAUGGCAAUGUUAACCUUCUCCAAUAUGUACUACUUGUUCUAAUAAUCUAUGUUCUGUUUGUGGAUCUGGUUAUACAUUGAUUUCAACGAAAAAUAAAUGUGUUCCUAUAUGUGGAGAUGGAAUAGUAAAAACAAGUGAAAUAUGUGAUGAUGGUAAUAAUAUAUAUUUUGAUGGAUGUCAUUAAUGUCAAUUAAUGUGUUAAUAGGAAUGUGUCACAUGUACUAUUAUGGGUUGUACAUUAUGUGAAAUAGGAUAUACUUUAAAUCUAUUUAAUAAUAAAUGUAUAUCAUUAUGUGGAGAUGGUUAUGUAAAUGGUAAUGAAGAAUGUGAUGAUUUAAUCCAUUAAAAUUGUAAUAAAUGUAGAUAUAUAUGUGAUUAUGGAUGUAUAAGUUGUAUUUAUGGAAUAUGUUAUAGAUGUUAAUUGAAUUAUAACUUAAAUUAAUAAACAAAAUAAUGUGAAAUAAUAAUAAUUAAUUAAUCUUAAUAAUUAUAUUAAUAAUAAUAAUUAAACAAUUUUAAUACAUAUUAACUUAUUAAAUAUUGUAAAUUUCAAAUUUAAUCUGAUUGUUUAGAAUGUGAAUCAAAUUUUAAAUGGAAUCCAUAUAAUUAAUAAUGUUAAAUCAAUAAUUUUAAUUGUUAAUAAAAUUGUCUUUAUUGUAAAUAAGAAUAAUGUAUUGUUUGUUAAAAUGAUUUUAUUUUAAUUAAUUCCAUUUGUAUUGAAGAUAAAUCAUUUAUAAAUACUAUUUCUAUAUGUAAAUAGAGUUGUAAAUAUUGUCUAAAUGAUAUUUGUCUUUAAUGUAAUAAAGGAUAUUAUCCAGUACUUGAUACAUGUUAACCUAUUUGUGGAGAUUAAAUUAAAACAUUAGAUGAAUAAUGUGAUGAUAAUAAUAAUAUUUAUGAUGAUGGAUGUUUUGAUUGUCAAUUUUAUUGUUUUGGUAAUUGUUUAAAUUGUUAAUUUGGUCAAUGUCUUGAAUGUGAAGAACCAGAAAAAUUGAUCAUAUCAAAAAUGUAAUGUUAUGAUCCAGAAAAAUGUGAUAAAGGAUAUUAUGUAAGUGAUUAUGAUAAUCUUUGUUAUAGUAAAUGUGGAGAUUAUAUCAAAACUGAAGAUGAAGAAUGUGACUCUAAAAUUUUAUGUGAUAAUUGUAUUUUAAUUUGUUCAUCUAAUUGUAAAUAUUGUGUAGAUAGAAUAUGUUAUACUUGUGAAGAUGAAUACACAUUAAAUGAACAUAAUUAAUGUCAAUUUUUACAAUAAUCUCAAUAAUUAAUUCCUAACUUAUUUAAUUUUGAAUUAAAUAAUACCUUAUGUUUUGAUGAUUAUUGUUAUUAUUAGUCAUAACCUAUAAUGAAAUUAUAGUUAAUUAAUCAAACCAAUAAUAAUAUUCAAUUUUUAAAUCUCUUCUUUGAUUAAGAAAUCAAAUUUAAUUGUAAAAACAUAUAAGAUCUAAUUAAAAUCUAAUUAAUUGAUGAUGAUAAUACUUUUAUUAAUUCAACUAUUAUUACUUAAUCCUAGAAUUUGAUAAUUUAGAUUUUAUAUCUAUAAACUGUUUAUAAUCCAAUAAUUCAAAUUAAACUUAAUGAUCGAAAAUGUAUUAUGAAUCAAUUCAAUUAAACCUUAUAAGAUGCUAUAAUAUAAUUAAGAACUGAAUCAAUUAUUUUACUUACUGAAUCUGAAUAAUUAGCAACAGAUAUUCUCCAAAAUAUUGCAAAUACUAUUCAAUAUAUAAUUAUUAUUACUCUACCUGCUUUAUUAAUAGUUGGAUAAAUUAGUAAUUUCUUAAAUUUUGUUGAUCUCUUAUAAUUUACUUAAUAUCAAUAAUAUAUCAACAUCACUUAAACUCCAAAUAUGUAAGAAUUUCUUUAAGUAUUUAAAAAUACAUCAUUCAAUAAAAUACUAUCAUCAUUUUCAUUUUAUAAUCCAUACUACAUUCCAACUUAAUUCCAAAGAAAUGGUAGCUUCAUAACUACUUCAAUACCAAUAACUUAAGUUUAUGCUUUCACAAUACUGAGUCAUUAUGCUUUAAAAUCUAUAUCUAAAUUAAUGAGAUAAUCAACUUUAGAUUUAAGAACAUAAAAUAAAUUACUGUUAAAAUUUCAUAUAUUUGGUAAUAAAUUUAUUCAUAAUUUGAAUAAAAAUAAUCUAUCUAUGAAAUUAUAAAAUUUAACUGUCUUUUGUGGAUUAGAAAUUUGUAUGAAUGCUUUUAUUUGUUCAUCUAUGGGAAUAUCAAAUAUAGAAUAAAUAGUUGAAUUCUCAAUUAGCAACAUUAGUUCAAUAUCAUAUUUUUUAUAUAUCUUAAAUACAGUCAAAAUGCCUACUUUAAUUACUCUAAGAAGUAAGGAUAACAAAUUAAAUCCAAUUUAUAAAUCUCCAGAAAAAUAUAGGAUUAAUGCUCAUAUAUAUAUAUAAUCCCUAAAAAAAUUACUCUAUCCAUUAUGUUUAGUUUAUUGUCAUAAAAAUCCAACUGUGACUUCUGUUGGCUUAUUUAUAAUAGAUUUUGGAUAUGGAUUAUAUGUUUAUGAAAUAAAACCCUUUAAAAAUAAAUUAGAAAAUGGAAAAAUUAUGGUUUAAUAAAUUAAUAGCUCUUUAGUUAAUUGUUGUAAUAUCUUUCAAAGUAUAAAUUUGUUGACGAAUCCUAAAAUUUUAGGAUUUAUUUAAAUGGGAUUGAUUGCAGAAUCAUUAACACACUCUUUUUUCAAUGAAGUAGCUUAAAAAAAAGAUAUAAUAAUUAAAUUAUUUAAAAAGCUAUUUCAUUAUUCAGAUGGAAAAGUUGAGAAUCCAGGAAUUAUAGAAUUUCUUGUAUACGAAUGA